GUCGCUCCGGCUCCCGCCCGGCUGGGGCCUCCACCAGCCUCGCUCCACGGUGCCCAUGUCUGCCUGGCCCCGGGCAGCCGGUGCCCAGGCACGGCCUCCCCUGGGCCCAGAGGAACCCCUUCCCUGCGGUGCUGCCCGAACACUUGCUGGCACAGCCGGUCCCGGUCCCGGUCCCGGUCCCGGUCCCGGUCCCGGUCCUCUCCACAGUGACCGCCAGGGCUUUGUGAUGCGGGGGCCUCAUCGUGCCCAGAGGCCAUUGUGACACGGGUCCCCGUGGGGGUAUUUAAGGAGCGAGAGCCCUGGGGCGCCCACUCCCAGGAGAGCACCUCCCUCAGGAGGCAGCAUCUCCCCUGGGUGCCCAUGGCAGGUCUGCGGCAGAGGACGCCGAAGAUGCCCAUGGACGAGGAGGCGAACGCCCGCUCCCAGCCCGCCAACGGGCUGCCGAGCCUGCAGAAGAGGCGCCAGGUGGGCCACAGGCAGCCAGAGGCAGCGCCACAGGGCAGCCAGAGGCAGGCCUCGUCCCUCCGUGGGAACAGGCUGCCACGGCUGCCCUGCCCAGAGCGCUCGCAGGCCACAGGGAGCCGCCACGCACAGACGGCCAGUCUGGCGCGCAGGGUGGCACUGCCCCGCAGCGGGGCGACGCGGGAGGAGACAACCCGUCUGCCAGCCUUGACGCCUCUCCCCAGGCCGGCGGCGGCAGCCAGGCACGCACCCGCGGCUCGGCCGCCGGGCGCUGCCAGCCCCUGCUGCAAGCUGCCGCCUCUGCCGGCAGCACCCGCUGCGUCUUCUGCCAGGGGCAGGGAAACCAGCACCGGCACGGCAGCCAGCGGCCACCGACGAAUCGUCCCAUCUGCUCGGGGCGUCCGCGGUGACCCGGGCACAGCCGCGAGGGCGCGGGUCCAGAGGCCUGCCCCGCUCAGCCCCACAGCCCGUGCCGCAGCUGUGAAGGGGACAGCCCAGUGCCUCAGGAGUGAGGUCCCGCGCAAGGUUGCAGCUGCAAGCCGGAGACCCAGCCAGCAGCCGGAGGCACGGCGAGACGGGGCGCGCAGCACGGCUGUCGCAACGACCGCAAGAACGGAUGAGGUUGGGGCAGCCGACGGCGGCGCGGCCCCUACGGCUCAGCCCGCCUUGGCCGAGGAGGAGGAGAGGGAAGAUGACAGCGACAAAGAGCUGUCCCAAGGGGAAGACUUCACCACCACCACCACCAUCUGGGUCAACCCCUUGGUCCCGGAGCUCUUCCAGGACCCCCACGCUGGUCCCCGGGAGGGGCCCAGCGGCAAGGGCGCAGAGGCGGCAGCAGGGGCGGCUGGCGAGCUGCAGAGUGCCUCUCCUGCUCCAGCGGGGCUCACGGGUGCUGAGCCAGCAGGUUCUGCUCUGGACGGUGCCCCUGAGGAAGAGGGGCACCACGCGCCUCUCGCUCCCGCAGCGCAGGACGAAGCCAAGAAGUCACCGGCUUCUCCUGUCUUUGGCGAGCAGGACACAGCAGCGGCGGCAGAGAGCCAGGCACCAGCCCCGCACAGCUCCGCAGCAUUCACCGCGGCUCUGCAGGACGUUGCCGACCGCAUUGUGAGGGGGGUCCUGAUGGAGGCUCUGGCUGCACAGGAGAUAGCCAGCCAGCAGCCGGCGGAACAGCAGGACCGGGUACACAGCGUGGCUGUGGCGAUGACAGAAACAACACACGAGGUCUGGGCAACCAACAGCGGCGAGGCCCCUGCAGCUCUGCCUGCCUUGGCUGAGGAGGAGGAGAGGGAAGAUGACAGCGACAAAGAGCUGUCCCAAGGGAAAGGCUUCACCACCACCACCACCACCACCACCAUCUGGGUCAACCCCUUGGUCCUGGAGGUCUUCCAGGACCCCCACGCUGGUCCCCAGGAGGGGCCCAGCAGCAAGGGCGCAGAGGCGGCAGCAGAGGCGGCUGGCGAGCUGCAGAGUGCCUCUCCUGCUCCAGCGGGGCUCACGGGUGCUGAGCCAGCAGGUUCUGCUCUGGACGGUGCCCCUGAGGAAGAGGGGCACCACGCGCCUCUCGCUCCCGCAGCGCAGGACGAAGCCAAGAAGUCACCGGCUUCUCCUGUCUUUGGCGAGCAGGACACAGCAGCGGCGGCAGAGAGCCAGGCACCAGCCCCGCACAGCUCCGCAGCAUUCACCGCGGCUCUGCAGGACGUUGCCGACCGCAUUGUGAGGGGGGGUCCUGAUGGAGGCUCUGGCUACACAGGAGAUAGCCAGCCAGCAGCUGGCGGAAAAGCAGGACCGGGUACACAGCGUGGCUGUCGCAACGACAGAAACAACACACGAGGUCCGGGCAACUGA